AUGAUGGAAACUGGUGCCGCUUCAGGGAACAACUCUGCGAGAGGCUUGGCCUCAGAUGCAGUGCAGAACAAGAAGAGGAGUGAGGCAUGGGGUGCCAUCCUGGGCACAGGAGUGGCUGUGUGCUUUGUGGCGAUGGUGGUCUAUGUCAUCCAGAGAAGGAGAGGCCGACGGGAUUUCACACACAGGAAGCUUGUUGAGGAAUUCCCCUCAGACCCAGUUCAACAACUGGACAACAGUGAGCCUUUGGAUUUGAAAUAUGAUGGUUCAGCUUACUACAAUCCUGGACUCCAAAUGGACAACAUCCAAAUGGCCAACUUUCCACGAGGACAUCAAAAUUGA